UUUUGAGUAGCGCUGUAAAUAGACAUCAACAUUCAGCCUUGAUGGCGAUGUACAUAUCAAACAGCUAUAAAACUGGCGGUCCUCAUGAGUUACACAGAACGCCACCAGAUACAGCCUCACUCUUCGUACAUCCUCCAUUCCCACCGCUCGCCCCAUCCCUUUUUCACCCCUACAAACCUUUCAUUCACUGACUCCCAAACUGGAGCAAAAGCCGGAAGCUGGUCAUCGAGAAGAGCACGAAAAGGCAGAUAUGCCCCAAAACAGGCCAACAUCCACUAUGUGAGGCAUGAGAAGCCUGAAGAAGAAAAAGGUCAAGUUGAAGACGACAAGAGCAAAGAGAAGAAGGUAACCGUGGAGCAAAUGGAACAGAUGGCUGUUGCAAGGAUACGGAGAACAGAGGAUAUCAGGCUUCGUCCUCACUUCAAGGCGGACGUGAGCUUUUGGGUUGCGGUGUCGUUUACUCUAGGAUCCGCCGUAUGGGUCAUAAAUGCAUUCCUCGUGUGGCUUCCAUUACUUAGACCAAGAUUAGAUACAGACACAGUUUCACGUACUGCAUCAGCCACGGCGUUUAUCGGAGGGACGAUAUUUGAGCUAGGCUCGUAUCUGAUGGUCAUAGAGGCUUUAGAUCGAGGACGAGAAAUCAACUUUGGUACAGCUAUUGGACAAUUAUUAUCUCACCGAAGACAUACUCCUCAUUAUGCAACUAUGGAUUCUUCAACCCUAAUGAAACCAUCUAAUGAGCUCACAUAUGCUAGCCCCAACCUUCGAAAGUCUCAGCAGGAAAUAAAAGACGGAAUAACGAGAGGCGCAAAGAAGUUUAUAUGGUGGGGAAGACCUAUGUGGCAUGAUAUGGGAUACAUGGCUGCAAUCAUCCAGCUUUUUGCAGCAACUGUGUUCUGGGUUUCAACCUUGACCGGUUUGCCAGGUGUAAUUCCAGGGUAUGCCUCAGGGGGAGGAUCUACCGCUAUCGUUGAUGUCUUUUUUUGGACCCCUCAAGUUGUCGGCGGCUCAGGCUUCAUUGUAUCCUCCCUCAUCCUCAUGAUUGAAGUUCAAAAACAUUGGUGGUUACCAAACAUCACAGAUAUCGGUUGGUGGGUUGCUUUCUGGAACCUGAUUGGAGCCAUCGGUUUUACCCUAUGCGGUGCACUUGGCUACUCUUCCGCUUCGGGAGUGGAGUAUGAAUCUGAUCUUGCAACGUUUUGGGGAAGUUGGGCGUUUUUAAUUGGCAGUGUAAUUCAAGUUGGGGAAGCCGUAUGGAGAGAGCCCACUGAUAGGGGAGACGGCGGAGGAAACAGUGGUGGAGGGAGCAAUGGUGGAGGGGAGCGAGAAGCGGAGAAUGCUGCGCUGUGUCGGUAAGAAUUUUGAGAAAACUUAGGAUGUAUAUCGUAAUUGUAAGAAAUACUCGGAAAUUUACCCAAGUGAUGAGAGAGAAA